UUCAUGUGAACUCAAGUGUAGAUGGGUUUUUGUUAUUGCCUCGAAUGGAGUUGGCUGUUAUAUAUUUUUUGACGCUGUCCAGUUUAAGUACAUUGAGAUCAUUUCCCAAAAUUUGUAAAUUUUUUGUUUUUAUACUCGCCCUCUGUUUGACAAACUAUUUGAUAUUAUCCUAAAAAUAAAACAUUUGUUGCUAGGAUUGUGGUGCAGGCUGAAAGCAACAUUUUAGGCAUUUAAGUGUUGACAUUUUUCUUUUUUGAUGCUGCCUCCCCCCCUGCAUUAGUCCAAGUUGGGGGACCCCAUUCAAAAAAAAAAUGUUGGACACGCCCUUUGAUAGAUGAAACAUUAAGGAUCACAUCCAUAUUCAGUAUUCAUCAUCUGCAGGAGUUGAAAGUUUAGACAUAAUUUGGUGCAAUCCAUCAAGCAUUUGUGAAAGCGUUGACCUUCUGGUGUUGAAAGACCGGAGUCAGAGCAUCACCGAGUCUUUCCCAGAGUCACUGAGAUAUCUGUUCAGUUGUUAGCCAUGGUUAGGACUCAGACUAUCUCCACCUUAAAAAAACGCUCAGACUGCAUCAACACAACACAUGAAGGCAGAGGUCUGAGUCCCGCCCACACUCGGUUUGAUUGACGGGUGAUUUCUUGGCUGUGUGCUGCAGAAACAUGACAGCACUGAACGCCCCCCUCCUCUCCUCUCCUCUCCACCUCCACCCCACCCGAGAACUGUAGGCUUACUGCUCUCUUUUCUCUCUCUCUCUCUUUCCCGUCGUCUAUUUUUAUCCGUAGCUCCUCCCCCUCCCUGGCAGGCUAUUUUCAGCUAUAGUCCCUCCAUCAACCCCCAAUCUACUGUGUUAGUAAAUGCCUCUCUUCUCCUCGCUCCUCUCCCCCACUGCCUGUUCUUUAAUCUUUUAAACAGUCGGCCAAUCCGACUCCUGAAACAUGCAGCAUGCAGCGAGCGAAGGUGAAGGGAGAGAACGGGCGAUGAAGGACUUGUCCUCUUCCUCCUCUUCCUCCUCUUCGUCUUUUUUUCCUUCAAAUGUUGUCAAAUAAAAUGUUUCACUCCCUUUUCAUCCGUCUAACUUCUUUUCCACCCAGUGAUCCACUUCCAGCCUCCUCCCUCUGUCCUCUCUCUCUCUCUCUCUCCCUCGCUCUCUCUCUCUAAAGCCCUUCAUUCACACACACAGUCACAAACACACACACACACCAAGGACUCUCAGACAGUGAAUAUUAGCCGUCUGACCAGCAGCUGUUUCUGCUCGCUGUACAAAGCUUCACUCUGCAGCCGCCUGCUUCUAUUUGUGUGUUUUCAAGCGGAGGGAGAAGAGGACAGCGUGUGAUCUCCUGCUGCUCAUUUUUUUUUCUGGGAGGAUACAAACUCGUCUUCUCCUCCACAGCCUUCCUCUCUUCAACAUUUCUUUUUUUUUUUUUUUCAUCCCACCGCUCUAUCCCUCUCCCUCCGUCCUUUGCAUUUCCCUCCCUCUCUGUGUCUCUUUUCUCUGUCAUUCUCUCAGCGCUUCGUUCUAAUUUUGGAAGCAUGGAACCUCGGGGAGCGCUCUCCCAAAGCUAUUUACGUCCUAGCCUCUCCUCCUCCUCCUCCUCCUCUUCCUCCUCCUCCUCCUCCUCCUCCUCCUCUCCUCGUCUCUCCCUCUCGUCAUCAAGGAGGAGAACAGCAUGAGGAGCCUUUGAUGCACCCGAGCAGGGGAAUUCGGCUUCUCCUCGUCUCAAUAUUUUUUGAUGUGUUGUUGAGCUGCAGGACGUGGUGAGGAGGCUGCAGCGGCUCCAAACUGAUCCUUUCCAUCUUUUCUCAGCUUAUGGACAAUGCAGAGUGUUAUGAGUGACAUGCACAGAGAAGAUUCUGAUCCUGCUUUUGCUUAAUUUGUUUGGUGAAGACUCAGAGAGGGGUUUUCGUGCACAAGAGGAAACAAACUUUCUGUCUGCAACAUUUGAGCUGCUGUCCUGCACGGACCAGCACCAGGUGAUAUCGACGAACACUAACUAAACCAGAAAGUUGCAUUUAAGACCAAUGCACAGCCUAGUUUUUUGCCAAAUUUGACUCUUGAAGCUGUUCAUCUCCUCUUUGCUGCUUUAAUCCUAUCUUGGAGACGAACAGACGGAUCUGCAAGAGAGGGAAUAAGAGGAUAUUGUCACUGUCAUUGACUGUCAAACUGAAGCGCAGGAGACGGUGAAAGCUCAAGAAAAAACUGAGAGUUUACCUGCAAAAAUCUGCACCCUGAUCGGGACACCUUUGUUGGAUUACAUAAUAGAAGCACGGAGGAGUUCUCUCGUGCAUUUUUGAUGGACUUCUUCUGGAUAUUUGUGCAUUUGAAAAUCCUGAAAACAGCAUUUAAGCUUCCAAUUUUGAAGGGACUAUUUUUCCACACAUGCCAGGAUGAUUUUUCCCAUGAUUCAACAUUUUUAAAAGCACACAUCAGUGUUUGUUUCCCCCCCUGCUCCUUGGCAAAUUGAAUCCUAAACUUGGCCACGAAAAAUGUCUUGGAAGAGGAACUGACGGCUGUUUUAGUGACAAAACAGAGAGCUGCCUCUUGUCUUGGCAUGCUGUUACAUCCUACCGUGUCAGGAUUGUGCGCCAUGUUGCAGACCAUCUAUGAGACUGAGUCGUGUUUUUCCUCCGCCAGCACAGACAGCCACCACCAGCCUCUGGAGCUCCUGAGUGACAGCAGGGGCUCCAGCAGCAACAUGCCCACCGCCGUAGUGGAGGUGAAGAGCAGCCUCCCGUCGGGCAUGCAGAGCCCCGUAGGAACAGUGAGCGAGCAGAGAGGAGGAGGAGGAGGUGGUGAAGGCGGGGGGUGUUGUGGGGGUCCAGGAGGAGGAGGAGGAGGGGGCCCAGUGGACCUGCGGACAGAGCCAAGGGGGGGUUCUCUGUCUGGGGGAGCCGGCGUGGACACAGCCCUCAGAGAGCAGCAGCUCCAGCAGGAACUGGUUCUCCUCAAACAGCAGCAGGAGCUCCAGAAACAGCUGCUGUUUGCAGAGUUUCAGAAAAAACACGAGGUGCUGACGAGACAACACGAAGUCCAGCUGCAGGAACACCUGAAGCAACAACAGGAGCUGUUGGCGGCGAAGCGUCAGCAGGAGCUCGAGCAGAAGAGGAAACUGGAGCAGCAAAGACACGAGGAGCAGGAGAAACAUCGACUGGAGCAACAACUGCUGCUGCUGAGGAACAAAGAGAAAGGCAAAGAGAGUGCCAUCGCCAGCACAGAGGUGAAGCUGAAGCUACAGGAGUUCCUCCUCAGUAAGAAAGAGCCGGGUCUGGGUGGACUGAACCAUUCCUUCUCCCCAAAGUGCUGGGGGGCACCGCACACCUCCCUGGAGCAAGGCUCUCCUCCGCAGAGUGGAACUCCUCCCUCCUACAAACUGCCCCCCCUGCUGGGCAACUACGAGGGCAAGGACGACUUCCCGCUACGCAAGACAGUCUCUGAGCCAAACCUGAAGGUGCGUUCACGGUUGAAGCAGAAGGUGGCAGAGAGGCGGAGCUCGCCACUCCUCCGCAGGAAAGACGGGACCGUUAUCAGCACCUUUAAGAAGAGAGCCAUAGAGAUAUCAGUGUCCUCUCUCUGUAAUAGCGCUCCAGGUUCGGGUCCCAGCAGUCCCAACAGUUCCAAUUCAGCCAUCGCCAACGGCAACACAGGAUCUGUCCCCAACAUCCAGACAGAGCUGAGGUCUCUCCAUCAGACGCUGGGGGCUGACGGGACAUUGAGUCCUCUGAAUCUCUACACCUCGCCGUCUUUGCCAAAUAUCUCCCUGGGACUCCCUGCGAACACACAUAUCACGGCCCCCCAGAAACUGUCCUCCCAGCAAGAGGCUGAGCGUCUAGCCAUCCAAUCACUGCGAGGGGGCGGAGCUCUGACGGGGAAGUUUCUCUCUACAUCCUCCCUACCUGCAGGGGUGGGACAUGAUGUGGAGACUCCGCCCCCCAGCUCUCAUUCUGCACAUUCCUCGUUACUGCAGCACGUGUUACUGCUGGAACAGGCCAGACAACAGACCGCCAUGUUAGCAGUCCCCAUGUACAGUCAGUCGCCCCUGGUUACGGCAGAAAGAGGCGUGUCCAGCGGCAUGCGGUCGGUCAACAAGCUGCCUCGCCAUCGCCCGUUGGCUCGGACCCAGAGCGCGCCUUUGCCGCAGUCCCCCCAGGCCCUGCAGCAGCUGGUGGUCCAACAGCAACACCAACACUUCCUGGAGAAACACUACAAGAUGCUAUCAAAGGGGACGGAGCUUCCCAGGCCGCCACCCACACAUCCAGAGGAGACGGAGGAGGAGCUAACAGAGACCAACGACAUGCAGGAGGACGACGGAGGGGCGAGCUUACACAGGCUUCAGAAGGAGGGAUCUGAUGACAGCACGCAUUCCUCCGAGCGACUUUGCGCACACAUAAAAGGCGAAGAGGAGCACGGGGAGGUGCACGUGAAAGGGGAGAGCACGGAGAGCGAGCUGGACGAGGAGGAAGAGGACGAUGACAUCAUCCAGCUGAGGGAGGGAGACGAGGAUGACAGGGGGAGCUACUCGCAGGCCUUGCAGCACCUGGGCGUGUUCCAGUCUUCGCUGCCCCACAGACCCCUGGGAAGAGCACAGUCCUCGCCUGCAGGCACAGUCCAUCCCGUCAAACACCUCUUCACUACUGGGCUCGUGUACGACAGUCUGAUGUUGAAGCAUCAGUGUGUGUGCGGCAACGCUCACAUCCACCCAGAGCAUGCUGGGAGAGUGCAAAGCAUCUGGUCCAGGCUGCAGGAGACGGGCCUGCUGGGCCGCUGCGAGAGGAUUCGUGGGCGUAAAGCCUCUCUGGAUGAGAUCCAGUCGGUCCAUUCAGAGUUUCACACUCUGCUGUAUGGAACAAGCCCGCUCAAUCGACACAAGCUGGACCACAAGAAGCUGCUGGGUCCAAUCAGCCAGAAGAUGUACGCUGUUCUUCCCUGUGGAGGAAUAGGGGUGGACAGCGACACCGUGUGGAAUGAGAUGCACUCGUCGGCCGCAGUCCGCAUGGCGGUCGGCUCGGUCAUCGAGCUGGCUUUCAGAGUGGCUGCAGGAGAGCUCAAAAACGGCUUCGCCGUGGUGCGUCCGCCUGGUCACCACGCUGAGGAGUCCACCGCCAUGGGAUUUUGUUUCUUUAACUCAGUAGCCAUCACUGCGAAGCUGCUGCAGCAGAAACUGGGAGUGGGGAAGAUCCUCAUCGUGGACUGGGACAUUCACCAUGGCAACGGAACCCAGCAGGCCUUCUACAGUGACCCCAACGUCCUCUACAUCUCUCUCCAUCGCUACGACGACGGGAACUUCUUCCCCGGCAGCGGAGCUCCUGAGGAGGUGGGAUCAGCUGCAGGUGUCGGUUUUAACGUGAACAUUGCGUGGACUGGAGGAGUGGAGCCACCUAUGGGUGAUGUGGAGUACCUCACAGCCUUUAGGAGUGUGGUGAUGCCCAUCGCUCAGCAGUUCAGUCCAGACGUGGUCCUGGUGUCUGCAGGCUUCGAUGCAGUGGAGGGUCAUCAGUCUCCUCUGGGCGGGUACAACGUCUCCGCUAAGUGUUUCGGUCAGCUAACGCAGCUCCUGAUGGGCCUGGCGGGGGGACGCGUUGUCAUGGCACUAGAGGGGGGUCAUGACCUCACCGCUAUCUGUGACGCUUCAGAGGCGUGCGUCUCGGCACUUCUGGGAGAACCGAGCGACUCCAUGGUUCAGUGGCCUCUGGAGAAGCCGUGUCCGAAAGCUUUCGCCUCCCUGGAGAGAGUAAUAGAGAUCCAGAGUACACACUGGCCUUGUCUGCAGAGUUUGUCUCAGACGAGUGGACACUCGCUAUUGGACAGCCCCCCUGAGGCUCGGGGCCAAUCAGAGGACGAGGCUGAAACCGUCAGCGCCAUGGCCUCCCUCAGUGUGGAUGUGGACCAGCCGAGCUCGAUUCCUGACAUCACAGAAACCAGCAGGUCAACAGAGGAGCCCAUGGAGGAAGAGCCUGUGUUGUAGGAGGACGGCACAAAAAAGCUCCGCAUUCACCUCUUUGUGGCUCCUCCUCUUCCUUCUUCCUCUUCCUUUCCCUCUUCCUGCACACAGUGUGUGUAGGUGCACACACGCAGAUUGUAACUCUGCCGAUGUGGAGGACUCCGAUUGGCUGAGGAGAUCAGUAUGGAUGCGAGAGAGAGAAGGCGGGUCCUGUGAAAAACAUGGGACAAAUCUCCUUUCUGCCGGUUCUUCGGGGCCCGAGGAGGAGCGGACGACUUGUUAGCAUCUCCGAGGAAACCAGAGGAGGAGAGGGCCAAGAGGAGACACGUCUUGUAUACUUUAUCUCCUGUACACAGCACCACUGAAUUAUUCCACAUCUGAUCACUCUUCUUUCGACUUUAUUCCUACUCCCCCCAUUUUUCCGCAGAGGGGUGAUGACUGUGGAGAACACUAAUUUGAAUCGGACACCGAGUGGACGUCUUGUCUUCUUGUCUGUCCCGCAGAGAGACAGGCUGAGCGACCCUGGGGUUGGCUAACACAGAAGGAAUAACUUAUUUUAAAAUGAGCUGAGGACGCGGAGGAACUAGGUGCCUUUUUGAAAAAAGAAAAAAAAUAACAAACCAUCUAAUCAGAAACCACAAAACACCACAGCACCUCAGUGAACCAACCAGCCAAUCAGGACUGAAGAAACCCACCGAUGCACACACACACACACACACACACACACACACAUAACACAUCACACACUGCUGUCGUUUCAUUUUUGAGUCUUUGUUUAUUCAUCUGGAUGCCUUAAUUUGUUCAUAUCUCACUAUUUAGGAACGUUGAGAGAGAGAGACACCAAGAGAAGGAAUCAUGAGAGCUGAGAUAGUUUUGUAUUUAGAAAUGUAUUCAAACUGCUAAGAAUUGUAUUUAUUGUUGAAUCUUACAACACUCAAAGCAGGUGUUUCCACGCAGAGUGAGGAGAAGCCUCUGAAGCCAUCUUUACAUUUUCAAGUAAAAAAAAAAAUCUCCAUAGAAUACUAAUAUUUAAUUCUUGAUAAUAUUCAGUGAAACUUUGAUGUGAUCUGGUGCGUGUCUCAGGACUCGGUCUGGUUUUUUGCAGUAUUCAUUGUUGGAGAUUUGUAAACCGCAUCACUUCAGACGACCACAUCUGUCACGCCUCUCCCUCACUUUACUUUGGUUGAGUGACCCCCGAUGGGAUCCCGACGUCUUUAAGAGGGGGAUUGUGGGUCCCUUUUUUCUUUUUUUUAAUUGGACUAUUUCCUGUUUGGUGUAAAUACUGUCCUCUGUCCUGUUGCCCACGGUUACGUCACAGCAGACUCAUUGUGGCCACUUUUCUAUAUCUGUACAUAGUUACAUGUAUAAAAAACACAAAAUACUUUCUUUCUUUUGUAUAAAAAAGGUUAAAAAAAAUAUUCUAUAUAAAUAUAUAUACAUAUGUAAACAGUGUUUAUCCAACCAGAUUGGAUUCAUGAAUAUAUUCUAUUUGGAGGUCUGAUGUUUUAAAGGUUUGGCUGAUUGACCGGAAGAAAGCACAUGGUCUGUUUGUUUACAGAUGUUCAGUAUGUCUGGAUGUUGUUGUUGUUGUUGUUGUUGUUGUUGUUUUUUGGUAGUUGUUGUUCUUGAAGGUGGACAGCGAGCUCCAGUUCCUCUGGCAGGACCAGGCAAGCUGUGCUGCCCUCCACAGGCAAACAACAGCAACUGCAGAAUAGUGAAUAAAAAAGGUCAAAGGUCAUGUGUUGGUGACAGGAUGGUCCAGUGAUGAUGUUUUGUGAGCUCGCAAAUUCAUUUUCUGAUCUCAAUCACCAGCUUUUAAAUGGACAUUUUAAUCACAUUUCUUUUGACCUAAACUAUUUGUUACAGCAACAAAGAUGAAAAUAUAAAAUGUUGGUCUGUUAUUUUUCUUAUUCACUAAUAAGAUGGUUAACACUAAUAAUGAAAACUAAAAACUGAUCUUUGUUUUCGCUCUAUGGCUGUAAAGUUUGCAGUUAUCAGUGAAUUCAAAAUGUAUAAAUAAACACAUUUUGAGUUUUAAAUUGAAAAGAUAUCGGCUGAAUCUUCAGCUUAUUUUGCCCCUCAUUUUCUACAUGUAUGUGCAAAUCCUUUAGCUACACACCAAAACAAAAACAUGUUUGUUUUUUUAACAUUUCAUACAAAAAGAAAAUUAAGCUUAAGUUCCAAACAUUUCAUAGUGAACAAGUGAGAAUCAGAACAAGACAGCUACAAGUCUCAAUCUUUAAAAAUAAUAUAUUUUGUCAUACAUAAUCUUUUGUUUACUCUGAAAAAUUCUUUUUUAAUCUUUAUCAAAACCGUUCCACAUGUUUAUCCUUUUGACAGAUAAACAAUUCUGCUCUACAUUUGUCUUUUUUUGUUAAUACCUGUUCCUCUUAAGUUUUGAACAAUCUCUGAAUACAGAGGCCUUUUUGGACAAUUGAAGUUUUGCAUUUUAUUUGAAGUUGAACUUAAGCCAGUUGUUUUGAAACUUAACUUAAAAGCUUCAUAAUGAUUAAAAAGGGUUUCUGACCGGGGCUGAAGUUUGCUGACCUUUACGAGUCUCCUUUCUGUUCACUGUAACUCUUUUUAUAGAGUUGUUUUCCAACCACCAAUGUUUGUUUCAAAGCAUCAAACUUUUUGUUUUGUUCAUUAAAGCAUAAUCAACAUUUUAAAUCAAAAUGUUAAAACAUUCAGUGGGAUUUCCAUUUUCACAAAUUUCAUUGGAGGACCAAGUCGUGAGCCGACGUUAUCUGGAGGAAAUAAAGCUUCAAAACUGGA